AUGACGGACUUCAGGUUGGAGGGUGGUGAAAAAGUUUCCUUUAUGGCUGAACAGGGCGAGGAUGACACCCCCAAUGGUCACUGUGACCCAGGCACAGAUAAUGGCCACUCACAAGAUCCGUUUUGUGAGGUCAGGGGUCGGCAGAAGAUGCAGGGGGAUGAGCCUGGUUAUAAUGGAGCAAAGGAUUGCAGCGAAUCCAUUCACGAUUUAGGAGGCGCAAUAAAAAGGGCAGAUGCUGUCUCACCACAGAUAGCUGAUGGGGUAGACAAGGUUAUGUCGGAGGACCACACCCUCAUUGAAAACCAAGAGGAUUGGAAAAAAACGUAUGAUGACAACAUCGAUGAUGACGCUCAUUUAAACAACUCCAGUUACCAUGGUAAUAGUCAUGAAAAAGACAACCAUCUUGACAACUCCAGUUUCCAUCGGGAUACUCAUGACCUUGAGGAUAGUUCCAGUCCAAUAGUUUCUCCAUACGACGAUAGUCCUAAUAUCAACAACACCUCGUACAUCUCCGAUGGAAGCAGUUUCGACACAGACAGCAUCAAUUUGGUACCGAAUAAGGAGGGCGUUUUUUUCUGUCACCUCUGUAGCUUCUCAGGAAGAAACCAAGGAGAAUUUGAACAGCAUAUGACCUGUCAUUUUGAACAUACCUGCCCUCAUUGCGACUACAAAUCACGAACCGAAGGACGUUUGAAACGUCACAUCAAAGAUUUUCAUACUGAAGACCCCCCAGAAGGAUUUGGUUCCAAAAGAAACAUGGGGCGACCAAAAGUGUUUAGAUGCAAGCAAUGUGAUUUUUCAGCAGUAGAGAAGGAAGAGUUUUGGGCUCAUGCUCGCAGCCACAUCAAGGAGGACAAGAUCCUGCAGUGCCCACGCUGUCCCUUUGUCACGGAGUACAAGCAUCACUUAGAGUAUCACCUUCGUAACCACUUUGGAUCAAAGCCAUUCAAAUGUAACAAAUGUAACUACUCAUGUGUGAACAAGUCCAUGCUGAACAGUCACAUGAAAUCUCACACGAAUGUUUAUCAGUAUAGAUGUGCCGAUUGUACAUAUGCCACGAAAUACUGCCACAGUCUCAAGCUUCAUCUUCGUAAAUACAACCACAAACCAGCCACAGUAUUGAACUCGGAUGGCAGUCUGCCACAGGGAAUCGAUGCAGAGGCAUCCGGCCUCUCCCUGAUGCAGAAGAGAGGUCCACCACGUGGACCUAGGGGUCCAAGAAAAGACAAAUUUGACCCGUUUGUUAACCAGUUUCUUACAAUGCCCCAUGUUGGACUACCAGGUAUGCCGACAGGUAUGAACAGUGGAAUGAUGUCGCCUUAUUGGCCAGUACUCAACCAGUUUCCUCCCAAUGGCCUCCAUGCCCCACCUCCACUUGUACCAGUAUCCAUGAACUCUCCACUUGGAACUCUACCUCAAGAAUUUGCUCAACGUAAUAUUCCAUUGUCCUCAACCCCAGGUAUGGGUCACAGCCCAGGGAGUCUUAAGCAGUCCCCCAACUCUCUCUUCAAAUGCAAGUUCUGCAGUUUUGCUUCUGAUGUCAAAAACGAUUUACUUCGACACGUAAUGAAAGUACAUGCAUCAGAAAAUAGAGAUCUUUUUUCCAUUAUCGGCAUUUCACCAGAGGCAUUUCUUGAAGAUCGUUACAAAUAUAAAUUUGGAAGUCCAGGCAACAAGAUUGCUGCUGAGGAUGGGAAAUAUCCUCAACUGAAUAUCAAGAGAGAACCUUCUCCUGAUGGUAGUGUGAAGUCUAACACACCUUCUUACCCAGAGGAUUACCCCAUGGGAGCCUCACCAACUAAACCUAGGUAUCUUCACAGUCCAAAUGGAGGUCUUGCAGGUUUGCCAAAGAUGUCCUUUGAUUCCUAUAAAAAUGGAAUGAAGAGUCCCCUGAAAGUCUCCGACCCUCCUGCUGGUGAAGACAUAAUUAAGCAGAUGAUGCACAAAUUUGGAUCCGGAAUGCCAGCAACAAGCCCACGUGUCAGUCGUGAAUCAGCACCUCUAGAUCUCACUAAGCGAAGGUCUCCGUCAACAAGUCCUUCCCUGGCAGAAGGUUACAACCAACAGCCUCAAGAGAGGGACUCAUUCCAAGACCAACACAAUAUGCCAACUGGUGAAGAAAUGUUUGAAAAUGAUCAACCAAGAAAGAGACCAACUGAGGAUCUCCUUGUCGAUUCGCAACAAGAGAUGUACGAAAAUGAACCACCGAAGAAAAGGUCAAGGAAAGGAAAGGCCUUCAAGUUGGACACACUUUGUAUGAAGUUGCAAGAGAAAGCUGGAGAUAGUGAUGUUGAAGAUGCCUACAGUGGAUCGGAUAGCUAUGCUGAUAAUGAGGCACUCGGGAUGCAACAAGAAUGUGACUCGGAACCGUAUGGUACAGAAACCAACAGCAAUGAAGAUCUGGUUGAAGACAGACCAGAGGACAAAGAGAUCACUAGUCAUGCUGAUGACUUUGAAGAUGUUCAUAAAAACCUUGCCAUCCUCAAUAAUGGAAAGUGUAAUAAGUUUCCAGAUGAAGAGCAUAAGGAAGACAUGGAAAGAAGAGAAUCGGUAAAGGAAGAGGAAAUAAGAGAUGAAAAUGGCAAAUACAGAGAACAGAUGAAUUUGAAUAUCAAGAAAGCAUUGGAAAUGGCACAGACAAAGAUGAAGGAAACUGGAAGACGAAAGGAAAUGGAAAUGUCAGUAAAUGCUUGGAAUGAGUCAAAUAAAGCUUACCAUUUACCACGAGGCUUGAAUGGUCACAGUCUACCUUCAACUCCUGAGCUCGACUUGUUCAACGGCCGAUUUCAUGUUGGAAAUGCCAGUGCCCCCAUCGUCACCAGCACUCCUAAGUCAAAAAGUGCUGGUGUAAUUGGACAGGAGGCGGAUAAAUACGAAUGCACCUACUGUGAAAUAGCUUUUCGUAACUGUGUUAUGUAUACCAUGCACAUGGGGUAUCAUGGUUACCGAAAUCCCUUCAAAUGUAAUAUGUGUGGUUUGACCUGCAGGGACAAAGUGGAUUUUUUCCUCCAUAUUGCUCGUGAGGCGCACAAUUGA